AUGACUGUACAGUUAAGGGUCUCCUAUCUUUUCCCCCUUUUCCUAGCUGGCUUUGUGCAGUCAAAUUCUAAGCUGGAGAAGGUGAAGAUGGAUUGCUACAAAUAUGUGAAAGGUACCAUCUAUGAUUAUGACAAUUUCACUCUUAAUGGAAAGGAACACAUUCAGUUCAAGCAGUAUGUGGGCAAGCGUGUCCUUUUUGUCAAUGUGGCCACCUAUUGUAGUCUGACAGCUCAAUAUCCUGAACUGAGUGCACUUCAGGAGGAGCUGAAUCCCUUUGACCUAGCUGUGUUGGGCUUUCCCUGCAGCCAAUUUGGAAAGCAAGAACCAGGAGAGAACUCAGAGAUCCUUCCAGGACUGAAGUAUGUCCUUCCAAGAGGAGGAUAUGUACCUAAGUUCCAGCUUUUUGAGAAAGGGGAUGUGAAUGGUGAAAAAGAGCAGAAAGUCUUCACCUUCUUGAAGCAAUCCUGUCCUCACCCUUCUGAACUUAUGGGCUCAAUCAAACAUAUAUCCUGGGAACCCAUCAUGGCCCAUGACAUCUGCUGGAAUUUUGAAAAGUUCCUGGUGGGACCUGAUGGAGUCCCUGUCAUGUGCUGGUUCCAUCAGGCUCCAGUCAGUACAGUCAAGUCAGAUAUUCUGGCAUACCUGAAACAGAUCAAAACCAAAUAG